ACUUCGAACGUCAACAGAAGUUUAAAAAUUAUUUAAAUUUAUUUACUUCACCGCUUUUAAAACAUUUAGAUAUUUCUUUUAGUUUUGCUAGAAAUGGACUUUUGUUGUUAUUCAUAUUUGUGACAUAUUCUAUUUAGAUAUAUUAGAAAUUUCGAAUUGCAAUAAAAAUGUUGCCUUUAUUACAUAGAUUCUUCGUAAGAUGAUUUUUGUUAUAAUAGCAACGGAAUACUAACAUGUGUCACAUGCUUCGAGUGAUUUUAUACAAACUUUGGAUAGUAGCAACGUUUAUUUUGUUUUCUAGUGUUAUAGCGUAUUGGUUUUAUGGCUUUGCACUCGCUAUCCUCGUGUUCAUUUUAGGAGUAUCUGGUAUACUUUAUAAUGCUCAAGAUCUAUUACUGUAUUACCCUAAUGAUCCACCAGAUUCAAGAGCUUUUGUCUUGCAACCAAGUAAUUACAAAUUACCAUACGAAAGUAUCAAAAUAAAGGGUAAAGAUGAUGUGAAAAUACAUAUGUUUUUAAUUAAGCAGCCAACAAAUAGUAAUCAUAUACCUACAAUGAUUUUCUUUCAUGGGAAUGCCGGGAAUAUGGGGCAAAGAUUAGCAAAUGUGUCUGGCUUUUACCAUAAGUUGGGAAUAAACAUCUUAAUGGUAGAGUAUAGAGGCUACGGGCUCUCUGAGGGAAUGCCAUCUGAGCAAGGGCUGUAUAUAGACGCACAAACUGCCUUUGAUUAUAUCAUGGAAAGAAGUGAUAUUGAUCGUGGAAAAAUAUUACUAUUUGGAAGGUCUUUAGGUGGAGCUAUUGCUAUAGACCUAGCAUCCAGAUUGGAAAAUCGGAACAAAGUAUGGGCUAUGGUGGUUGAAAAUACUUUUACAAGCAUUCCUGAUAUGGCAAAAAUUUAUUUGAAAUGGAAGUGUCUCUUAUGGUUGCCCCAGAUCUGCCACAAAAACAAGUAUUGGUCGCUAAAGAAAAUAGGGCAAGUGCUAACACCAACCAUGGUGAUAUGCGGCACGAAGGACGCAUUGGUACCGCCACGUAUGGCGAAAGAGUUGUAUCACAGAUGUGGUGCGGUUUGCAAGAAACUAGCUGAGUUGCCCGGAGGCGGACACGACGACACCUGGACAUGUAGAGACUAUUACACCCACAUAGAACAAUUUCUCGCCAACGUCCCACCCCUACCGGAUGUUGUACCAUUCUUUGACAAUGAACAAAAAAGCCACAAGAUUGUGCACAUAGUAUAGCAUUACGUUAUUUUUAUAUGAAUUUUUUCGCCAAGUAAUCUCAGUGAUAGUAGAUUAUACGGUAACGGUGUGAUCUUGUGUACAAAUUGCGUCUCAUGCUUGUUCGGAAUUCGUAGCGAUUAGAAGUGAAUAAUAAUAUUGAUAUAUGCUAGCACAAGAUUUUAUUGUAGUCAUUUUGCUACUUUUAUUUGAAUAUUGUUCAAGUUCAAGAAUCUGUUUCAGAGUGGCGUACAUGAGAUGUAUAAAUACUUUAUAUGGUCGUGUAAUCCACUCUGGACCCAUUUUAUACAUUCCAUGUUUGUUAUAUAUCAUCCUCUUUAUACACGUAAGUUUAUAGAUUUUGAAAAUUAAUAUGUUACGAUUAAGAUGACUAAAUUUUAUGAAAUAUGUCGCCCUAUUUGAUGUUCUCUUAUUAAGCAUGUCUAUGACGUCACAAGAGCAAUAAAUCGCAUUAUAUUAUCGGUAGACUAUUUGAAAACUAUGUAUAUAGGAAUACCAUAAUGUUUAAAAUUGUAUUUGAUACGCGAAUUUUUAGAAAGGAUAUAAAAAAAUCACAGUGGCGCAAAUACUUUGUAGUAGUUAGUGUUUUCACUGCCGUUUGUGAUGAUAAGAUACUUGCAUUAUUCAGUAAUUUUUUAAGGCCUGUGCUCUCUCUAGGCAAGCUGUAUUCUCAAGAGUGAAGUAUGUUUGAAUAUAGAAUAAUCUAUAUAUAUAAAAAUGAAUCUCUAUUUCCCUUGGUUAAGCCAACACGCGUGAACGGCUGGGCCGAUUUCAUAAAUUCUUUCACCAUUAGAAAGCCGCAAUUGGACUGAAUGACAUAGGCUAUAUUGAUAUAUUGUACCACGGGUGUAACCGGGGCCAACAGUAUAAUAUAAAUGGUGCAUUGUAAGUGGCGCUUGAAAACGUUUGUUCAAUGCAAUGACGUGACGAUAUUCUACAG